AUGCCGAAGCAAUUUGAAAAUCCCCGAAUAUACAAGUUGGAGUUGAGCACAACCAGUCAGGUCAUCACGGGCGCAGCAGAGAAUUUCUUGCGUUACCAGUCGGAGCUCAUUGUUUCGAAAUGUGCAUGCAUUAAGUCGAGCACGCAACACGGAGAGAUUGCAGUCGCAUAG